CACUCACCCCCUUCUCAUUGGCAGCUCCCCCUACCUCCUCUCAUUGGCUACCUCCACCUCCAACCACCUCUCUCACACGCGUUAACAUUGAAACACACUCUUCGCUCGUGCCAGCACCUCCUGCCCAUGCUGUAUAAAUCAACCUCCACUGGUUAUCCAGUUCUUGGGUGUGAGUUGUUUUCUCAUUUUUGGAUGGUUGCAGAGUUAGUCAGAGAACAUACUAAUGGACCGAAGGGCAGGAGGAGGGUGCUGUAUAGCAAGAUACGCUGGUGGCGGGUACGAUGUGUCUAAGGUGGACAGGAUAAUGCAGAGAUUUCGUCCCAUAGCUCCGAAACCAGCCGCAGGUGGUGGCUCUCUUUCCGCCGACUCCUCCACGUCGGAAAGAGGCGUCCCCUCUGUCAGAACUGGGCGUGGGAAAAGAAGGUGUGGUGCUACGGGUAGUAAUGUGAAGAGGGGUCGUAGCAGAAGGAAAAAUACUUCACCGAGGAAAAGUCGCUCCGGCGGAUCGGUUUCUGAUGGAGAUGAGAUUGGUAAAACGCUUCCGUUACUUCCGGAGAACCCUGACUUGAAUCCGAAGAGACAGUCGAAAGAGGGUUUUCCUCUGUGGCUGAGCUUUGGAGAUGAUGGUCACGUGGGUUCGGGGGUGGGUCACGUGAGGUUGCAGGCUCCGACGGUGGCGAUGGGCCGGCGGGUGGUGGUGGACUCUUGGGUUAUGGUGGAAUCCGUGACGGAGACGUGGGUGGCGGAUUGUUACGGGUGGUACAGCCUAGGGCGUACAGACGAGGAGAAGGUGAUGAGUUUGCAUGCCGACGCGUGUCCAGGGUUUGUAGCGGACGGCCAGAACAGGGUGAGGUGGAUAAACUCUGCGUACAAGAGGAUGGUGGGGGCGGGAGAGGAGGAGGAAGUGGUGGCGCAGGUGGUGGAGGAGGAGGAGAAGGUGGCGGAGCUGCCGAUGGGUUGCGCGGGUUUCACGUGCCGGGUGAGGGUGGUCACGUGCGGGAAGGAGAAGAACUCGCAAACGGUGCCGUGCGAUGUGUGGAGAAUGGGGCGUGGAGGGUUUGCAUGGAGGCUUGAUACAACGGCUGCCCUCUCUUUGGGUCGUUAGAUUAAUUAAUUAUGGAUGAGGAUUACGCUUUAAUUAAUUUAUCUAUGGUUGUUGUUUUUUGGUUGGAUUAAGCUUUCAUUUAUUAACUCUAAUCCCUUAUGAAAUUCAAUAUCCUCCAUAUUAUUUUAUUUUGCUAUUUUUUA